CGGUUACUGGUCUACGCUACGCUUGUGCCGUUGGUCAUCGCCACCAUUACACCACCGACAUCACGAGGACUUGCUCCGGAAGACUCUGAUCUGCUGUCACAAUCAUCAACCACUUGGAGCAGCGUAAAGCCUCGAGCCAAUGGUGUGCCACAAAACGAGGUGACCAGCAUAGCAGAGGAAAAAUCCGGCUGGACAACCGAUGACUACAGUGAUUUUGCCAAAGAACCUAUUCGAAAUGGCGGAGCUAAUCGUAACCUCAAACCCCGUCACAUAUCGCCCGAUUCCGAAAACGUACGAAAUACCGUCGCCCGAACCAGAAACGGAAAUAGCAGUGCCUGCACGUCCUGCAGUGCCCACGCAAACUCGCUUUCUGGUACAACAGCCACAACCGCAACAACAACAGCUCUACGUUGUUCAGCAACCAGCACAACCGUAUUUGCGAAAAGGCUACUACUAUCAGCACUAUCCGUACUAUAA